UAUAUUCCAAAGAUUUUAAAUGGAGGUAUCGCUGGAAUCGUUGGUGUGACGUGCGUAUUUCCAAUCGAUCUUGUAAAAACUCGUUUACAGAAUCAACGAUCAUCAUGCUCAGCAAAAUUGCAAUAUUUGGGCAUCGUUGAUUGUGCGAGGAAAACAUGGCAAAACAGUGGCGUGACGCUUUUUCGAAAAAUAAGAGGAUUAUACGCGGGAAGUGGUGUCAAUUUAUUCCUUAUUACACCAGAAAAAGCUAUUAAAUUAGUUGCAAAUGAUUUUUUUCGUAAUUGUCUAGCAGUACCCGAUCAAAAUCAGUUAUCAGUGGUGCGAGGAAUGAUAGCUGGUGGUGGCGCUGGUUUCUGUCAAGUUGUUAUCACUACACCAAUGGAAUUGUUAAAAAUACAAAUGCAAGAUGCUGGUCGAGUACAAAUUCAAUCUAAAGGGAAUCAGUUAACGGCUAUGAAUUUGGCAAUAAAUUUAUUCCGUCAAAAAGGAAUUUUUGGUUUAUAUAAAGGUUUCUUUCCAACAAUGGCUCGUGACGUCUCAUUUUCCAUUUUUUAUUUUCCUCUUUUUGCAUUUCUAGAUUCAAUGGGACCUCGUUCGAGAGAUGGUAGUGGCGAUGCAGUGUUUUAUGCUUCAUUUCUCUCAGGAAUGAUUGGAGGCGCAGUUGCUUCAUUUGCUGUAACGCCAUUGGAUGUUAUAAAAACUCGAAUGCAGCUAAUAAAUCGAGGUCUUGGUGAAAAACAAUAUAAAAGUAUUACUGAUGGCUUUGUAAAAAUUUUGAAAGAAGAAGGUUUGAAUGCGCUUUUCAAAGGAGCUGUUUGUCGUAUGAUGGUAAUGGCACCAUUAUUUGGUAUUGCACAAAUGGUAUAUUAUAUUGGUGUAGCGGAAUUUCUGCUUGGUGUACCAAAGGCUGCUCACUGA